UAACACAGACUUCACACCCACUGGUGCAGACAUUUCACCUUGUUCACAACAUAUUUUGGACUGCAGAGAGACUCGGACACACUUAAGGCAUCAGCACUGGAAGCAUUUUUCUUUUGCAUGUCAUCAUGCGCUGGAUACUGGCUAGAUGCUGUGGGCUUGCUCUGAUCAGUCUGUCAGUGGCCCUGCAGAUCCGCCAGAAGCCCCGGUUCUAUGGCGUGAAACCCAACCGUGCUGUGUAUAUUUACUGCAUGGCUUCAAAUCAAGGCCAGGACAGUGAAGUGAACUGGUACAGAGCCGAUGAGUACGACGUGCCUGAAGCACAAAGAAAACAGAUAAAGGAGGAAGGGAGGUUUCAAUUUGAGGGCAAAGGCAUGAUCAAAAAUGCCUUUCUCGUCAUCACCGAUCUACAAAAAGAAGACAGUGGCGUGUACUUCUGCAAGAUGGACGAUUCAUGGGGACCUGGAACUGAACUACGAGCUGUCAGACCCAUUCAACAUGCCCAGGCUCUGUACAGGAGCCAGAUGAAGGACAGUCUCAUGGUCCUCCAGGGCCUGAUGCUGGCUGUGUGCAUUGCUGCUCUGCUGCUGCGUAGACGAACACUGUUGGAACAGAAGGACAGCAUAUAUGAGGAGCCUGAAACCGAUCACAUCUAUGAGGGUUUGGCGAUUGAGACGUGUGGAGGAGGUCUGUAUGAGGAACUUGCUGUGUACAGUCAGGCUGAUGGAGCUGAGGCCCCGUGGGAGUGAAACUGAUGCAACAACUGGACUACUUUUCACCUUCUACAGCCUCACCAUAUUAUAUGUUCUUGCUUAUAAGUUGUAAAGUGAAAAUAGUAGAGUUUAACUCAUCCUCUCAGGUGAGGAGCUGUGUGUUUUUCUUCUUGUAAAGUGCUUAUUUUGCAGUUUUUGGGUGUUUUUUUUUUUGUUUUUUUGCUCCUGCAGCCUUUAUACUCACUGUGGGCUCAUUUUUCACUGCAGUCUAAAGUCCUGCACAGAUGUUGGUAAAAAGAAAAAACUAGAGCCUUCACAUGCAAAGGAUUUUCUACUAUUUACAUUUUUAAUUUGUCUCCAUACCUGUCUUCUAUCUGCCCUUUGUAAAUAUAGCUUGCAGUUCAACCGAAAAGUCCCUGAAUUUUCGAAUUUUUUGUUUUUUAUAGAAUCUGGGAAAUGCAAACUGUUUACUUUUGGAGAAUUUUUAAAUGAAAUAUGUAGACUAAAAAUGAUUCUGAUGAAAUAUCCUAAUUUUAAGCGUAAUUUUGGUUCACUUUCCUGAUGAAACCGUGCAUCACAGAUGAUUAUUUCAGAUUAAAAAUCCAUUGUUUAUGUUUUUGCAGUUUCUAUCUCUGUUAAAUGUCAACAAAAAUCAAUCAUCAAGUAUUUCUUUCUUGCUGUACAAUUGGUUUAAGACAUUUUUAAAGAAAAAAGAGUCAUUCCUCUGAUUCCACGUUUUUUCUUCCUCUAUGACGGUAAACUGAAUAUCUUUGAGCUGUAAACAAAACGUUUGUAAUCUUGGGCUUUUGGAAACACUGAUCGACUUUUUAAAAUCAUUUUCUGAGAGUUUAUAGACCAAAGAACUAAUUCAUGAAUCGAGAAAAUAAUCAACAGAUCAAUCAUCAGUGAAAAUAACUGAGAGUUGCAACAGAAUAUUUAUUCAUUGAUGCUUAAUGUGCUGAAUGUGCUGUUUGUUUUGUGCUAUUUAAGACUGAAAUAUUCUGUCGACAAUUGAAGUGUAAAUAGAACAUUCUACGUGACAGUUGAUGUUUCAGCUGAUUUUUGGUGCUUCAGGUUUUUUUUUUUUAGAUAUGUUAAUUUUAAAUUUCAUAAUGACUUUGUUAACUUGACUAUUUGAUAUUGACUUUAUCUCCUGCCUACAAAGCAUGUAAUAAAAAAGACUAAUCUGGUGUCCAUCAGAGCUAAAAUGAGGCCCUACUUGUUCAUGUUGUUUAAUAAUGUUAGAAAUCUGUAUGAAUUUUCUUUAUACGACAGGAAUAAAAACAAUAAACACAUUUCCAUUU